AUGAAAAUCCCAAGAUUGUGUACUGGUUUCACCUCCCAACUUGGAAGAUUCUCCUACAGAAACUACAGUUCUUUCCUCACACAUGGUAUCCACGUCUUUCAAUGCCCUGAUGAAAUUGGAAUAGUUGCAAAACUAUCAGAUUGUAUUGCUUCUAAUGGUGGUAACAUUCUUGCUGCUGAUGUUUUUGUGCCUCAAAACAAAGGACUCUUCUACUCUAGAACUGAUUUUGUUUUUGAUCAUGUUAAAUGGCCUCGGUUACAAAUGGAUGAGGAUUUCUUAAAGCUUUCUAAACAAUUUAAUGCUGUGAGAUCUAUUUUAAGGGUCCCAUCUCUUGAUCCUAGAUAUAAGGUUGCUGUUCUUGCAUCAAACCAGGAUCACUGUCUGAUUGAUUCAUUACAUGGAUGGCAAGAUGGAAGAUUACCAGUGGAUAUAACUUGUGUAAUUAGUAACCAUGAUCGAGGUCCAGAAAGCGAAGUGAUUCGCUUUCUUGCAAGGCACGAUAUUCCCUAUCAUUAUUUAAGAACAACGACAGAGAACAAAAGAGAAGACGAUAUCUUAAAGCUGGUUCAAAAUACUGAUUUUUUAGUACUUGCCAGAUAUAUGCAGAUACUAUCAAGCACUUUUUUAAGAAGCUAUGGGAAGGAUAUAAUUAACAUUCACCAUUGUUUGUUGCCAUCAUUUAGAGGCGGAAAUCCAUGUAAACAGGCUUAUGAAGCAGGUGUGAAAUUAAUUGGUGCAACAAGUCAUUUUGUAACUGAAGGAGUUGAUGCUGGACCAAUUAUUGAACAAAUGGUUGAAAGAGUUUCUCAUAGGGAUGACUUGCAGAGCUUUGUGCAGAAAUCAGAAAACCUCGAGAAACAAUGUCUGUCAAUGGCUAUCAGAUCUUAUUGCGAGCUUAGAGUUUUACCGUAUGAAGAAAAGAGUACUGUUGUAUUUUGA